GUCGGACGGGGUCAUCCGUGGCCGUCAUGGUCGAUGGGGAUUGUUGAACCCGAGAUCGAAGUAUGUGAGCAUGCUGACUCGUGUGACAAGGUUCGUGGAAGAACAUGGAGAUGCUAUGCCUAACGAAAUGGUUGUGAGGGGGACCUCACACAGACCUAAAGUUAGGUUCCCUGCAUAUUUCACAAAGCUCCUUGUAUACGAGUCCAUCAAGGCGCACUUGGAAGCGGUGGUUCAGACCGUCGUUUCAGAGCAAGUCUUCUACUCCAUAUGGAGAAAGUACUUGUGGCAUGCCGACCUUGCUAAGUCCAACUCGUUCACAAAGUGUGGCGAGUGCGUCCGCCUUAGACAGGCCAGAGAUAACGCCUUUCUCCUUCCUGACCAUAGGGAUUUCGAUGAAAAGCACCGCAAACACCAACUAGAUCAGGUCGCUCACCGUACGGAUUACGCUGACUGGAAACUUCGUUCCAUUUUGAACCCUGCGAAAUACCUCUGUCUUAUAGUGGAUGGAAUGGAUCAGAAAAAGACAACGAUUCCUCACAUCGGCAUGCAUAAUUACUCCAAGGAUCAUCGACACGACAUGAUGAUGAAAAGGAACCUCACCGAGGUCGUUGCUCACAGCAGGAAACCGUCCAUUUAUAUUUACACGUAUUUGCCUUUCUAUGCACACGGUUUCGAUGGCACCAUCACGUGCGUUAUGCGGACUCUAUGUGAGUUGCAGGCGUCGAGACAGAAAUGGCCACGCCACCUCCGAAUCAAGGCGGACAAUUGUUGGAGGGAAAACAAAAACCAAUACCUUAUGUGUUUGGCCUCUCUUCUGGUGAAAUUCGGAAUUUUUGAAGAUGUCAAAGUGGGGUUCAUGCUCGUUGGCCACACGCAUACCGACAUAGACGCGAUUUUUAGUGUUUGCUCGAAAAAACUAAAGGACAACGAUGCUUACACCAUGAAGCAGUUGUUCUCGCUUAUCGAGUCAUCGCACAAGAUACCGUCGAAGUGCAUUGAGCUUGAUCACAUUGCUGAUUGGCGCCGGGUAGUGGAUCGAUACGUCGACAGAAGCAUCGUCGGCGUAUCGAAACCGCAUCUCUUCAAAUUCUUCAUGCAUGACGGCAGUUCCGUCGUGGUGUACACGAAGUACUGUACGGAUGCGGAAUGGAUGCCGGAAGGCAGACCAGUUCACUGGUUCCCGGUUGUCGAUGGGCAGUAUGCACGCCCUACCUCCGCUCCACAGCCAUGUGUUAUGCCCUGUGUCGUUAAAGAGGAUUUUCGGAUGGCUCGUGACAGUGUCCAAAAAUUUCUCGACGUCCUCGAACAGUGGCAGACAUAUAGGAAGGAGGAAGUCGACAAGCGGGAGGAUGCUUUGUCUUACUGGAAAGCCAUCUUCGUCGAGGCGGACGAUAUGAUCCAAAAACAAAAGAUGAAGGAGACGGAAGAGGGUGAGGAAGAGGAUGUUCUCGGAGCGGAUGAGCCUGAGAUCUACCCUCACACCUUUUGGCCACAAACUCUGGAGAAACUGUGGAGGAAGUUCAAGAAGCUGACCCUCCUUCGCCAGAUGCUUCGCUUAUAUAUGUAGGACCGAGGGCGGGCUGUCCAAAAGUGGACUUCGACCCUCGGCGCCAUAUAAACAAAGGUGAUUUUCUGAU